CUGUGGGUUGUAGGAUGUGUGGUGUUGUGGGUUUGUUGUGAAGGUUAACAAUGGGAGCUGUUGGAAAGACGUAUAUUGUAAUUUUGUUUACGUCAGAAAUAGUGGAUAGAUUUUCUCUUGUACAUGGUUACACUUAAUGAAGAAAACGUGAACGCUGUUAUUUGGCCAUAAAAGAAAUGAGUUCUGCGGUCAAAGACACGAAACUCCCACUUCCUAGUGGAUGGGUUGUUUAUCCAUCAAAGUCUCACCUUGAUAAAGUGUACUAUUUUAAUGUAUGUACUGGAGUUUCGUCAUGGGAACGGCCUAUAUCAAAACAGUGUUACAGAUCAAAUGGUGAAAAAUACAGUGAAAAAUCAUCAGAUUUGGUAGCAAAAUCAAGCAGCAGUAGUUUAGGAAAAUCUUUACAUGAAUGUAAAUUGACAUCGGCUACAGAUAAAAGAUUGGAAUCAGUCUCAAGCAAUUCAGGAAUACUACCAAAUAAAUCACAUGUACUUCAAGUCACUGUUGCUAAGGAAUGUGACAGUCAUAAGAAGAAAUAUAAUAGAACAUUAAAAAGCAGAAUUAGUGCUAAUGACAAGAUAUGUGUUAAUGAAGCAAGUGUAGAGUGUGAAUUCCAACAUGGCAGACCUGCCCAUGAUGAAGUAUUAUCGAGGAAGAGGAAGAAGAAGAAGAAGAAGAAGAAGAAGAGGUGCUCUGGAUCAGUCGAGUUGGAUAGUGAUUCUGACAUUGAGAAACCACCUUUGAGGAAAAUCAAAUUAAAUAAUAAUGUGAUUUGUCAGAGUGGUAGUGCAGUAGAUAAGCUACACAGUAAUAAGUUAAGUAGCCAGUUAGUGUUACCAUCAGCUGUAAGAGGAAGUCUCAGUUCAGCUUUAUGUGCAAGUAAGUCAAAUUUACGAAAUGAUGAUGUACAACAAGCACUGAAAGCCAAAACGCCGAAUAAAAUCAGUCCAGAUCGUGCAGCUGUAAAUGCUGAACUUGAAAGUACAGGAAGAUGGAAAUAUGCCCAAGGGUUGGCUUCCAAACGUUUGAGAGCAUUACAAACCAAACUUGCUGAUGAACUGGUGAGGAAAGAGAAUUCUGAAGCUCAGAAAAGCAAAGAACUUCGACAAAAAAGAAAGAAGGUAGAAGAAAGUCUUCGUUUACAUUCUUCAGAGCUUGGUAAAUGUAAGACUUCAAAACACUCAGAUAUACUUCAGAAGAAGUUAAAAUUUGAAUGUAAUUUUGGCCGUAAAGAGGUGGUGAAUGUGGAGCGAGAUAAUCUUCGUUCAAAAAAUCUGAAUACUCCUGGAGCUUACGGUGGAGGUUUUGAUAAAUGUAAGGCAGCAAAACGUCUAGAAAUACUUCAGAAGAAGUUAAAAUUGGAACAGAAAGUUGGCCAUAAACAGCAGGAUAGACUUCUUAUUAAAAAUGAAAGAGUUCCUGAAGCUUGCAGUGCCGGUGUUUGGUCAAAAGAGAGAAGCCCAUCAUCUGAUGCGAGUCUCGUCAGAGAUGGUCGGAGAUUUUCGGACAAAACGGUGAAACAGAAUUUGUCUGAACAGCAUCCGUAUGUAACAGCAGAAGUGACAAACCAAGAAGACGAACUGAUGGAGUGGGAGCCCAUAGAAGAUGAGAAGAUUUUGUCACACAUCCAAGAAGUCCGCAGUCAGAUUCAUCAGGGUCGUAACAUUGAUCAAGAUGGCAGAGGGAUACAAACACUAGACUAUGAUAUUAAUUCUAUUUUCUGUGCAGAUGGAAAGCCAGAAUGGUUCAUAGUUAUUGAUACGAAUGUAUUGAUUUCUAGUUUGAACUAUAUCGAGGAGCUGCGUGAUACAAAUUUUAAAGGUUUGGGGUUCCCUGUCCUGGUUAUUCCAUGGCAGGUCCUUCAAGAACUGGACGUAAUGAAGGAUAAGCGAGGCAACGUCCGAAGUCCAUUCCUUACAAUGAGAGCAAGAAAGGCAGUUUCAUUUCUUCUUUCCAACUUCUCUUCAAAACAUCCACGAAUUCGAGGUCAAACAGCAUUAGACGCAGUUCCUAAAGAUUUCAAAAUAGAAGUACCAGAUGACUCUAUCCUUCAGUGUUGCCUUCAGAUAGCUCGGAGGACAAACCAAGUGAUCCUAUUAUCAAAUGACAAAAACCUUUGUAAUAAAGCUAUUGUAAAUGGAAUAAAAUCGUACCAAAAGGCAGAAAUGCAACAGACACUUGAAGAAUUGAGCUCAGAAUCAGAGGACCAAAUUCAGAUCCAAUCUCUGUCAGGAAAUGACCUGUCUGUCGCAAAUGUGGGUGUGCUAGCAGCGGUGGAAUCAGGAUCCCCUGCUGAAGUAGCUUCUGUUGUUGACUUCAUAUUGUGCAAGUUGAAGUCGCUGUUAAAAGAACUGCUUAGCAGAAUACUGGAAAAUGAGAUGAAUAAAGCGUAUGGUAGUUCAUGGAAGAUUAUUGUUCUAGUCAAACCACCAUGGACUUUAUCAGAUAUGAUAAUUUGUUUUCUCAAGCACUGGAUAGCAGUUUUUAGUAUUGUUUUGCCUGCAGAGGUUAAAGGUAUCCUCGAAUGUCUAAAGGAAUUUUUUGACGAUGCAAAACAGAAUAAAGGUUAUGGACAUUCUUUACGUGAUGUAAAGAAAAUGUUACAAACAAGCUUGCAUCUCUGCAUGGCGGUACAGUUUGAUGAGUAUCGUGAUUUGGUCUCAGCGUGUGUGUCAAAUAUAGAGAGACUGAGAAAGCACUGUGAAGAAACAUUGACGGGAUUUAAGAAAGAGGAUGAGAAAGAAAAAUUCAAGUGUGAUCAAUAUAAGUCGCAGAAUGAGAAUGUGAAAACUGUGAUGGACGUGUUGAAAAAUUGUUUGGAAUUGGUUCAGAGUUUUUGUGCACUAAUGUGUGAUGUGCUUGGGUGGGAACAUCACGUGGUGUACAGUAGGCCUGAACCACUUCCUACUGUAGACAUUGUACAAAACAGAGUACAAUAUAUUUACCCCAUGGUUGAUGCAUUAAUCAAAAACAUUGCAAGCAUUUUGGAGCAUCCAGUUAGUGCCCUAACUGUGGAUCAUGAAGCAGUUAAAAAUUUGUACUUGACACUGGCAAAUUUUGUUGAGUCACAAGAGGUAGCAGAAAAAAUUACUCCUGAACUUAUUCUGAAUUUCAGCACCACAGAAAGCACGAGGAGCACAUUGGAGAUGACAAAGACUAUGUUUGAAGAAAUAGAAUUAGUUCUGAAUAGAGGAAUAAAUUAUUUUGUACAGUGUGGCAUUGCCUAAUUAAUAUUUUUUUAUCUAAGAACUUAUAUUUUUCUAAUUUAUCCAGGUGAGUGAAUAUUUAAGGGUAUGUUGAGUAAUUGCUUAGUACUCAUGUCACAUGCAGAAAUACCUUCCACUCUUAGACUGUCAAAGUUUUAUAUUUCUCCAUAUUUUUAAAUUAUAGGUCCUAUAUAAAUUAAAUUCUAAUCCAUUUCUGGCUGUUAAAGUGAAGUGAAAGUGAGCGAUUUUAUUCCAGGCAACAAAUUUUUCUUAUUCCUUAUAAGUCGUUAACUAAUUGUUCAUAUGUUAAAUUAAGAAACGAGAAUACAUUUUUGUAACUUAGCCCUGAAGUCAGCCUUCCAAUUACAGAAUCAAUAGUUAAAUUACAAAUUAAACAUAGAUUCACUCUAAUAAUGCCAGUUAAAAGCCUGUUGGAAUUCAUUUAGCUGUCGAGUUUAAGGGUGGCAGAAUUCUGAGAGAAUGCGCGUGGUGUCCCAAAUAAGGCUGUACUCAGCCUUGAUGGUUACAUUCACAUAUCCUUACAUCUUCACGAACUAGGCUGUUAUGUGUUACAGUUAACUAAUAAUAUUUACUUGCAAUUAGGUAAUGUUCAGACUAAAUAAUAUAUAUUUCACUCUGAUACUUGUUAUCUAUUUAAGAAAGGAUACUUACUUGAAACAACAACAGUGCUGUCAAGAUGGCUGGAUCUGGGUUCGUUCGAUGGCGAAACUCAUCUCGGUCCACCGUCAGCAUCAAUUUUCAUCUUGGUGCAAGAAAAUACUGGUACUUGGCUGUUUCACUCAGCUGGUUAGAAAUACUGUUGGUGUUGACAUAUAUCCUUAUUUGGGGCAGGUACCUUAUUUGAACUCAGUUUGGAAACAUGUUCUUUGUUUUUAUUUUAAAAUAAUUAUGAUAUUUGCAGAUUUAUAAAUUUUAAGUUGAUAUGUUUAUGUCAAGUGCCUUAAAAUGUAAAUUGUAAGUAGAAGAGCCUUUAAUUUAAUCUUAAUUUUAUGUUUGUGUUAUAAACAAGUGAUAUUUCUUCACUUAAUGUUUCGGUGAGAAAUGUGUAUUAGCGUGUAUAACAGCCAUAGCAGGCUUGUAAAUGUGUAUUAAUAAUCUGAUAUAUAAGUGGAAUUUUAAUGUCACUAAUAUAUAUUUCCUUUCAUACUAUGUUAUAACAUAUUAUGCUUAAUUCUUCUAAAUAAUUUAUUUGUGCAAUACCAGUUAGUGUAUGUUGUUGAUCUAAACUUUGACAAAGAAUCUGCAUCUUAUGUAAUUGCAAAAAAUGUGCAUUUAAGUUUUACCCUGUGGUAGAAGUAUUCCUGUCUUGGAACCCACAAAUUGACUGUAAUAGAGCUAAUUGCGUUUAAAGAAGAACGCAUAUUUUGGCUUCUCUGUAAUGAUCCUGAACUUAUAAUACAGGAAACAUACUUUGUGUU